AUGGCCCGGCCACCUCCUUGCUGGCUGUGGGUGCUGGGGACCCUGGCGGGGCUCUCAGCUACCCCAACCUCCAAGAGCUGUCCAGAGAAGCACUACUGGGCUGGGGGACAAGUGUGCUGUCAGAUGUGUGAGCCAGGAACAUUCCUCGUGAAGGACUGUGACCAGCAUGGAAAGGCCACCCAGUGUAACCCAUGUGUUCCCGGGACCUCCUUCGCACCAGACCACCACCACCGGCGCCACUGCGAGAGCUGUCGGCACUGCAACUCCGGUGAAAACUAUGUACCAGUAAAGAUACGAGUAUCAGGCUUUAAAGUGGCCCCUUUGAACAAAUGGUCUCCAGCAAGACACUUCUGUCCCCAAGGUCUUCUCAUUCGAAACUGCACCCUCACUGCCAAUGCCGAGUGUGCCUGCUCCGAGGACUGGCAGUGCAGGGACAAGGAGUGCACGGAAUGUGACCCUCCUCCCAAGGCCACGCUGAGCCAGCAUCCAUCUCCGACCCUAGGCUCUCCCCCACAACCCAGCCACUUACCUUAUGCCAAAAAGGUAAUAGAGGCCAAGACAACCCAGCACUUUCAGACUCUGGCUGACUUCAGGCAGCUGCCUGCCCCAGCCCUCUCCACCUCCUGGCCACCCGAAAGAUCCCUGUGCAGCCCAGACUGCAUCCGCAUCUUUGUGGUCCUCUCCGGAAUGUUCCUUGCUUUCACCAUGGUCGGAGUGGUGUUCCUCCAUCAGCAAAGAAGAUACGGACUAAAUGAAGAGAGCCUAGUGGCGCCCGCAGAGCCUUGUUCGUACAGCCACCCCAGGGAGGAAGAGGGCAGCGCCAUCCCCAUUCAGGAGGCUUACCGAAAACCAGAGCCUGCUUCCUACCCCUGAGCCAGCGCUCCCCGGAGGGGGUCGUCACUGCAGUAAAGUCCCAGCCUCCACCCCACCCCACCGGGCACCCCCAGUUUCAGUACCGUCCUCUCGGGACCUGUGUGCUGACUUGAGAAAGUGCCUUUUCAAGAUUGAUGGUGACGAGGACACAUGGGAACGAGGUGGGGGUGGGCAGCCGAAGCCUGGGAGUGUCCCGCCCAGCCGGCCUCACCCGUGAGGGGCG